AUGCCAGCGUCCCAGGGCAGGCACAAAUCUCGCAGGGUUGGCAAAGGCUUUCGGUGCUGCAGAGCAUGUGGCCAAACAAAGCCCGAGGGAGAGUUUGCUCUCAACCAAGUGGUUGACACCUGGUGUAAGAAAGCGCUGGACAACAUUGGGCGCAUGGCUCGGGCGCAGGGGCCUGACGCACUGGAGUUCUUCAAGGACGCGAAAGCUGAUCCCGCAAAAUGCAAAAAGAUGCUGGACAGCUACGGCAAGGCCUACAAGAAUUGGACUGCAGGAAAAACCUCCAAGCUCGUUUGGAGCAUAGUGCAGUACAAGGAAAGGGCCAAGGCCGAGUCAGGCGUGAUGCUCAGCGGCAAUUCGCAGUUGAUGUGGGAGAGGCAGGCAAUAAAAUUCUGGAUGUCGGUUGACGGAGGGGCUCUGUCAGAGACAGAAGCGGAGGCAAAGUGGUCCGCUCUGGCAGCGCGAGUUGGGGAGCCGGACGUCAUCUAUGACAAGAACGGCCCCACAAGAAAACCCCUUCGGGUUGCGGUGCUUCGUGAAGACAUGGUCUACAACUACAACAAGUUGGUCGACGCCGGCACCAUCGAAAAGUAUGCCAAGAGGGUGACUUCCAAUCACCAGCAAGUUGGAGGCAACCAUUCAGAGGCCAUGGCAAAAGUGCUUCCAAGCGGUUCCCGGUUGGAGCAAUCCCUGGUGCAAGGUGGCGCUGGCCAAGCCUUUGACGAGGCCAACAUGAACAUUGGCAAUAUCCAGGACCUCUUGCCGGAGGAGGAUGACAAGAAGAAGGCGAAUGAAGCCGAAGGUUCAGGUGCCGAGAGUGAAAAGGAGGACGAGCCCGGGGAGGAGCCCAAGCCAAAGGUGCGAUCUUGGUUUGACAAAGAUCGUGCAAUCAACAAUGCCCAGAAGGGGCUGGCUAUGCAGGAGGACAAGCUUCGCAAGGCCCAGAGUGAACGCAAAACCGAGCUCAAAGCCUUGAUCGCAGCGAUCAUGGCGUUGACUGAGGAGGAGCAAUCCCACUACCGUGGUGAGUUGAAGAUUGCCACUGUCCGCUUGCAGUUCCUGGAAGCCGUCGGUGAUGGUGUUGUGAAUGGCCAAUCACUCGCUGAGCUGAUUAAGCAAUUCCAAAGCACAACAUCUGGCAAUUCGCCGGCAAAGGCGAAGGCGUCGCCCCAGGAUCCAAGUGCUGCUAGCACAGCUGCCGGGCUGGUGCAACUUGGCCAGUUCCCUCCAUGCCAGCAGUUCGCGUCACUAGUCACCUUCACUCAGUUGAGCCUGUUGAAGGAUGAGGUGCUCAAUUGCGAAAGCGCGGAGGACAUCAAGGCGCACAAGAAAACGUUCAAUGACACCAAGGCUCCCAUCAACGACCUCCUUAAUACUUGCCAGGCUGUGAUCAAUGACAUCAAGAAGGUGAGGAAGACGCGCGUGGCCGCUGCAAACAAAGUGGCUGCUGCCAAGAGUAAGCCAGCUGCUCCGUCAGGGCAGGCGGUGCACAGCAUCUUUGCUCGUGCAGAGGCCUGCGUAGCUCUGCCCACAUGCCGUGAUCAUGGAACAAAGGAGUUCGAGUUGGACAAGCCAGUCAUCGCCAGCUUCGGUGAGGAUGCAAUGUCCCAGCUCAUGAGUGCAGAAGUGAAGGUUGUUCUAGCCCAAUUGCAAAAGCUCAUGAAGGACGCCUCCAAUGGCAAGCCGGGUGCGCAGCCUCGUGCAGAGUUGGGCAUGGACAUGGAUUGUGUGGGGAAAGUUGUGGACGCUGCUCAGAAGCUUUUGCCCGAGAAGCUGAAGUUCCACAAGGGUGAAAUGUCCACCAUCAAAACGAGCUCUGCCGACAUGAGUGAGAGCUUGCACAGGAGCAUGCUGUGCACUUGCUUUGCGAUUGUCAAAGGCCAUGCAACCUUUGGUGUUGAGAAGCACUUCUAUCCAAGCCUUCGCAUUUCGACCAGUGGAGUUCGCGAGGUUGUGCUGAUGCCUUACCUUCCUUUGGCCAAGUAUGUUCAGGGCAAGACUACUCCGGAUGCCGCUGGAGAUGUGGACCUCUACGAUCCGAAGGUCAAAUCUGCUUGCAUUCAGUUCCUCAAGUUUUGCACGAAGGAGACGUUUGAGCAGUUCUUGGCGGCGGAUGGGUGCAUGGCCUACUUCGGGACCAUUGGCAAAAGUGAAUGCUUGUAUGUGCCUCCGGGGUGGAUGUUUGCUGAGAUGACAAAGGACUUCACCCUGGGCAUUAAAUGCCCAAUCUUCUUGCCUGAGCCAUUCUCAAAGUCUUUCUUUGAGAAAAUGAAAUGCAGCAAAGUUGUGGAUGUAAGCCGUGCAGCAGAUGCCUACACGCAAGCCAUGCAGUAA